GGAGUCAAAUCCCCUGUCUUUGACUCCAGGCUCCUGGUUAAGGAGACAGAAAAGACUGAAAAAUGGUUAGUAAAACGCCAAAAUAUGUACCUACAUACAUAUAUAAGACAUCAGAUAUGUGUUGUGUGCAAUCACAUGUUUUAGAUGUUUUUAAAAAGCCAUAGAUGAAGAUGGAUUCCGUCCAGCUACUGCUCACGGGGGUCUAUCAAACGUGGCCUAAUGGCCGCCUUCAUGAAUUCAUGCUUCCUGUACCUCUGUAGAGAUCUUCCUAGCGAUUUGUUGCUUUGCCUGAUAAGUGGAGAUUGUCUGUAAUCAAGUCCCGUGAUGUGAAUCGCUAAUAAACAUGUUUGCAGUGUUGCCGAAGCCAGAGUGGGAUCGAAAUUAAACUAGCCCGAGGCGAGUACUUUUCACACCGGCUAGCUAAUAGAAAAUGUGCCCAACUAGCUCGACAGUUGGUAAAAUUGUCUUUUCAUAUAUCGCAUGGCACAGAUUUUGGACCGGGGUAGGAAAAUGUGGUCAGUGCCCAAAAUCCAUCCCUGUGCUAGCUAACUGCUAGCUAGCCGCCCAAGACUUCGUGUAACAGAAUGUCUGACAGUUUGGCCACAUAAAAUAAACUUUCAAUACAGCAUGUGUAACGUUAGGUCUAUUUUUUGUCUGUUGACAAGUAGCUAUGUAGUUGUACCGACAUGCAAAUUAUAUUACGGUCUUCUCUUAUAGGGUUUUGUGAAAGUGGUGAAGAAUAAGUCAUACUUCAAGAGGUACCAGGUCAAAUUCAGGAGGAGGAGGGGUAAGGGAUUUCUAAAUUGUCUGAAUUAUUUGUUUUAGCACGUGAAUCGAGUAGAAAGUAAAUGUAAAUGCCAUGAUUGUCCUGAUAUUUCCUUUCACGCUAAAUACCCUAUUCAUUCCACCUGACUGACUUGGUUAUCCUUGUUUUACUUAGAGGGAAAGACCGACUACUUCGCCCGUAAGCGCCUGGUCAUCCAAGAUAAGAACAAGUACAACACACCCAAGUACAGGAUGAUCGUCCGCUUCUCCAACCGGGAUAUCGUCUGCCAGGUAAGAUGGGAUUCACAUGAGAAAAUGCUGGAAUUACCACAAUGGACAACUUAUUUAGCAGAAACGUUUAUCCAAAGCAGCUUACGAUUACAGUAACACAUUCAUCAGUAAAACACAAUUGACAGUUACACAUGUGGCCCACGUUAGUCAAACCCAAAACUCUGUAGCCACCUGAGCACCAUGCUCUAGUCCAGCUUAACCCACUGAGCAAAAGUUAACUGCAUUCUCAAUUCAACUAUAUUGACCCAUCAUUCUCACAUGUCCCAUGAUGUUUUUACUUUGGCUUUGAUUUAAGGAGGUAAUCGGAAAUGUCCCAUACCAUGAGGGGAUUGAUUGAUUACCAGAGAUCAGGGCAACACGCGAUUAUGCCUUAAAUGCUGUAGCCUAUGUUGUCAUUGUUUCUCAUGUGUUACUUGCUUAUGUGAUUUGCUCCAGAUUGCCUAUGCCAAGAUCGAGGGGGACAUGAUCGUGUGCGCUGCCUACUCCCACGAGCUGCCCAAGUACGGGAUUGCCGUGGGUCUGACUAACUACGCAGCAGCCUACUGCACUGGUCUGCUGCUGGCCCGCAGGGUAAGAUCAGCUCUCAUACACCCCUGCUCUGAUGGCUCCCUCUUUUAGUUUUGUUCAAUUUGCAGCACUGGGUCUAUUAGUUAAUGGGCAUUCUAUGUUUCUGCCCUGUUAAUGAAAAAUGCAAUCUUUUCUCAACAUUUCUAGUGACAUUUACUUUCCUCAAACCUUGUUUAGUAUUUUAUACCUUGAACUAAUUUCUAAGCUAUUGACAGAACUCUGGAUUGUGUAUUAUAGAGAUGCCAUUAUUCCCUGUUCUACAUGAGGGAAGUAUGUCUGUUCUGCAUCUGAAUGGCCAAACAAUCCUAUUGAACGCUUUGCUUCUGUUUGCUCAUUGUGAAGAAUUGGCAGUUGGUCAGCCAAAAGGCUGCCUGUCCGUUUGACUUGAUCCACUUGUUUAGCAACUGACUGUUAUAUAAUAUGCCAUUUAGCAGACACUUGUAUCCAAAGCAACUUAGUCAUGCGUGCAUACGUUCUUUAUGUAUGGGUGGCCCCGUGAAUCGAACCCACAAUCAUGGCGUUGCAAGCACCAUGCUCUACCAACUGAGCCAUACAGGACCACUCAUAGAGGACCUCUCUCUGCUUUAGCCACCUCCGGUGUUUGUUUCUUGCUGAGUGAGAACACCCUACCAAUGUAGUCAGCUUGGCUUAAUACUAUAACAGAUUUCUCUAAUCCUGUUUUUGUCUUCCUCUCCAGCUGCUGAACAAGUUUGGCCUGGACAAGGUGUACGAGGGACAGGUGGAGGUCACCGGAGAUGAGUUCAACGUGGAGAGCAUCGACGGUCAGCCAGGUGCGUUCACCUGCUACCUGGAUGCAGGGCUCGCCAGAACCAGCACUGGCAACAAGGUGUUCGGCGCCCUGAAGGGGGCUGUGGAUGGAGGCCUGUCCAUCCCCCACAGGUAAUAACGCUUCCUCUGCGUUAAGAACACAUUUGUAGCCAGGGGCCAUAUGUAUCAAAUGUCUUGGCGUAAUAGUGCUGAUUUAGGAUCAGCUCCCCCCUGUCCACAAUCUUAUUCAUUGUGAUCUAAAAGGCAAAACUGAUCCUAGAUCAGGAUUCCUACUCUUGAGGCACUUGAUGCAUACAUCCCCAGGUCAAAGAUUUGUUUGUAUUCAUCACACAGAUCUGCGACUAGGCUAGUACUUCUGAAGUUGUCAGGAUCUAUAUGUUGCUUGAUGAUGAUACACUUGAGGCUGAGCAAAUUGUAGUUGGUCCUUCAUUUGCCCAGGUUGAUGUAACAUGUCCUGUUUCAAGACGGGGCUGAGAGCAAUAUGAAUCAGUAGUUUACCUGCCAAAUGUGUUAUCCUUGGGUGUUCUGCAAUAAAUAAUGUCAUAUGGCCUUAGUGGAACUAUUGGUCUUAGUGCACUGCCUAUAAUCCUCAAAGUGAAUGAAGUAUUAGCCUGGUUCAGUAGCCCCUUUCUGUCUGACAUUGUGUCUUGUCCCCUCUUCCUCCUUCCAUUCCCCCUAGCACUAAGCGCUUCCCUGGAUAUGAUGCUGAGAGCAAAGAGUUCAAUGCAGAGGUCCACCGCAAGCACAUCAUGGGCGUCAAUGUGUCGGAGUACAUGAGCUAUCUGAUGGAGGAGGAUGAGGACGCAUACAAGAAGCAGUUCUCCCGCUUCAUCAAGAAUGGCGUUGCCCCCGACACGGCAAGUUCAAGGUUCACCCUGAACCCAUUGUGAUGUAUCGGGAGGUGCCUGCCAAUACCUGGCUCUAUUAGUUACCUUACACCACAGCUGGAUGGUUACAUUUGAGUCAUUUUAGCAGACGCUCUUAUCCAGAGCGACUUACAGUUAGUGAGUGCAUACAUUUUCAUACUGGCCCCCCAUGGGAAAAGAACCCACAACCCUGGCGUUGCAAAUGCCAUGCUCUACCAACUGAGCUAUAGGGGACGUGUUACGAGUUUAUUAUCUGCACUAUUAGCCACUUGGGAUUUUAUCGCACACCCAGUUCUACCCGGUUUUCACUGAACUGAACCUGAGCUGGUAUGGGUAGCUACUACUGUUCUGUUCAAUUCUUAGGCCUCAUGCUUUUAAGCAUACUGGGAUCAUAUCAGCUUCUGAUGCAAAUACAUUCUGAAAGGAAAGUUGUGCUGAAUCCGAAACCAGUCCCUUACCCUUGGCCCUCCAUUUGCGUGUUCACGGAGGCCUAUUAUUUAAAUGUAGAACAUAAAUUGCGUCACUCAAGUGCUUACAUCUAUCCAAUGCUCUCUGAUCUACAGGAGGGGAUAGGGGUCAAUUUGGAAUUCAGCGUACGUCUAUGUAGGAACUGUGUGCUGCUUGAUGAUGAUACACUUGAGGCUGAGCAAAUUGUAGUUGGUCCUUCAUUUGUCCAGAUUGAUGUAAUCAACGUUUCAAGACGGGGCUGAGAGCAGCACAGUUCAUUAAUUUCUGUGUCAUACAUGUACUAGUCCUAAAAUACAACUGACAAAUGUGACAUCCAACUCAUCCCUAUUAAUUGGAUAUGUAAAACAUAUAUAUAUUGCAAUGUGUAGAGUGGAAACUAUACUGAAUCAAGUCUGCAUCCAGCAGGAGCCUGUACCGUUGCGAGAAUGUGUAUUAAGUCAAUGGAAUUGACUUAUCUGCCCACUACUAAUUUGUUUGCCAAACUUGUCUCGCAGGUUGAGGAGAUGUACAGAAAGGCACAUGCUGGCAUUCGUAAGAACCCAGUCCACGAAAAGAAGCCCAAGAAAGAAGUCAAGAAGAAGAGGCAAGUUGAUGAGCAGUUUUGGCUAUUUUCUAUUGGGAAUGCAGUACUUACUACUGCAUUGUUGGUUUUCAUGCUGUUAUGACUCUAAAACCUGAUGGUAAAACUUGCCUAGAUGAUCAUGAUCCGAGUUUGGGUCAAUUCCAUUUCAAUCUGGGAAGUAAACUGAAAUUCAAUUUCCAAUCUACCUCUUUGUAUUUUAACAACACAUUUCAGUUUACUUACUGAAUUGACCCCAAGUCCCCAACCCUGCCCUUGGCAUGGUAGUCACGUUCCCUUCGGUAUUCCCUGACAUUGUUAAAAUGUAUUGUAAUGUAAUAAUUCUGACCUGUUUGUCCACCCCAGGUGGAACCGUGCCAAGCUCUCUCUGGCCCAGAGGAAAGACCGCGUUGCUCAGAAGAAGGCCAGCUUCCUCAGGGCUCAGGAACAGGAGGCUGCCGACAGC